ACGGACUGGUGCCGGUCCACAGCUGUUAAAGAAUGACACAGCUGCUUCCGGUUGAGCCGCGCUUAGCGGCAGAAAGUGAGUUUCUUUCCCACAACCCGACCUCAGAAGAUGAAGAUCGUUACGUGACACACAUUAAACGAACCGCGUUGAACUAUUUUAUGUUUAAACGACAUUUAGCUUCAGGACAAACGAGCUAACUGCUCAGAAACCAUGGGGCAGGCUAACAGCAGGCUAACAGCGGGCUAACGUCCACACUGGGAGUUUUUAUCAUCAGGUAGUUGAUAACCGGCUCUGGAACCAUGGUGCCACUAAAGAGGAGGAGAUCCUCGGUGGCUGUGGAGACCGGGUCGGACCGGACUCCGAGCAGGUUCCCUCAGGUUUUAUUCCUCCUGGAGCGGAAGAUGGGAGCGAGCCGCAGAACUUUCCUCUCUCAGCUCGGACGAAAGAAAGGAUUUCAGGUGGAGGAGGAGUUCAGUGAUCGCGUCACGCAUCUUAUUUCUGAAAACAACUCCGCUGACGAGGUGCGGUCGUGGCUGGAGGCUCAGGUCCGAGGUCGCGGCUCUGCAGAGGUUCAGCUGUUGGACGUGGGCUGGUACACGGAGAGCAUGCGAGCAGGACGACCCGUGGAGAUACAGGACGCACAUAAACUACAGGAGGAGACGAAUGAAGACGAGGUGGUUUUGUUCUCGGUGCCGAGCUACGCGUGUCAGAGGAGAACCACGCUGGAGAACCACAACACCUCCCUCACCGACCCUCUGUCGCUCCUGGCUGAGAACGCGGAGCUGACGGAGGAGGAGGGCCGGGCCGUGGCGUUCCGUCGGGCCGUCGCCGUCCUGAAGGUGCUUCCUGUGGCGGUGACGGACGUGUCCCAGCUCAGAGGGCUGCCGUGUCUGGGAGAACACAUGCUGAGGGUCAUCAGGGACGUCCUGGAGAACGGAGCGUCUCGUGAGGCUCAGUCCACCGAGGGGUCCCAGAGGUUUAAGGCUCUGAAGACGUUGACCGGUAUCUUUGGAGUUGGAGCCAAAACGGCCGACAGAUGGAUCAGAGAAGGAAUAUAUGACCUCGAUCAGCUACGAGCUUCAGGACAAACACUGAACCGAGCUCAACAAGCAGGUCUGGAACAUUACGACCACCUGAACGAACCCGUGACUCGAGCCGACGCCGACGCCAUCGCUGAGAUCGUGGAGGCGGCCGUGACCUCGGAGCUUCCUGGAGCUCACAUCACUCUGACCGGAGGAUUCAGGAGAGGGAAGCAGAGCGGCCACGACGUCGACUUCCUCAUCACUCACCCAGAGGAGGGGAGGGAGGUCGGGCUGAUGGAGAAAAUCGUCUCCUGGCUGGAGUCGAAGGGUCUCCUCCUCUACCAGAAAACCACCAGGAACUCGUACCUGGAGUCCAAGGACGGGCCCGGGCGGCCCGCCUCCAACAUGGACCGCUUCGAGAGGUGCCUCUCCAUCUUUAAACUGGAGGAGAGAGGAGGUGGAGGAACGGAGGAGGAGGAGGAGGAGAAGAAGAAGGAGGACAGAAGAUGGAGAGCGGUGAGAGUCGAUCUGGUCGUGUCUCCAAUCAGCCAGUUUGCUUUUGCUCUGCUGGGCUGGACCGGAUCCAAGCUGUUUGAGAGGGAGCUGCGACGUUGGGCCGGUCAUGAGAAACUCAUGUCUCUAAGUAGCCACGCCCUCUACGACAACAGCAAGAGUAAAUAUCUGAGAGCUUCGUCUGAGGAGGAGAUCUUUGCUCUCCUCGGCCUGGACUACAUCCCUCCAUCAGAGAGAAACGCCUGAAGACAGGAAGGAGAGAAGAACAGUUCCUCUGACGUCCACUAGAGGCUCCCAGAGAGAAACCAAGAUGGCCGCCGCCCAGCAACGCUGCGCUGAGCUUCAGGAACAUCCACAUGACUUCUUUCUCCUCCUUUUUUUCGUGUCUUCCUCUCCUCUUCUCCUCCUUGGUCCUCAUCAGAAUUAAUUUCACCCGUUUGUGAAGUAAAUACUUGAUCGAUUCUUCUCUCUGUGACCAGAUUUAAUUAAAUAGUUAAAUCAGAGCUGUUACAGAUGUGAUGUUUAUUUUUAGAUCAUACACGACUUUAAUUUUCUAAUAAAAUAUGAAUGAAACUAAAAUAUGAAACUCUCUCUUCUUCUUCUCUUCAUCGUUCUCCUGCUGAUAAAACUAGAGUUUUUCAGCCUCUCUCGUUUCUUCUUCUUUGGUUUUUCUCAACGUUUUCUUCUACAGACUCCCACCUGUGACCUGAAUUCACCAACGUCUUCGUCUGGAGGGAAACCACACGGCUGCAAAGAGACAGCGUUCGAGGUACUUUACUUCAGUAUAUAGGUCAUUUGCAUUGGCCAGUUCAGUCCUGCUCUAAAUGUUGUAAUCUGCAGCUUCACCACAAGGUGGCACCAUCUCCUGCACACUGGUCCUUUAAUGGUCUGAUUUAAAGAUGGAGGCCUCAGAACGUUUGUGUUUUUAUGAAGAUAUCUGUUAUAAAUUAUAUCUGGUAAACCUUUUAAAGGCGCUAAAUUUUAUUUUGACGC